AUGAUGUCAACAGAAUCUCCAACACAAAAUCAACAACAACAACAACAACAACAGCAAUCAACAGUAUACGAUGAGCGUGUAUUUAAUGAGCGUAUUCGUCAAUUAUUUAAUUCGAUCGAUUCAUCUUCAAUACCUCAUUCUCCUUUAUCAUCACAGGGUGAUAUUGGUCAUAUGACAUCUAUUGUUGAUGCUCUUUUUCCUGAACAAGCUUCAUUUCAUCAACAACGAGAACAACGUCAUGCAUCAACAAAUGAUCUUACAACAGCUUUGGAUCGAUUUCCAUUAUGGAAUAAUAAUAAUAAUAAUAAUAAUAAAUCGAAUAGUUCAGCAUCAGCUUUUUGUGGUGGUACAACAAAUGGUUCAUCAGCAUUUGUUAAUCGACGUCAAUCAAAAUUACAUAGUUCAUCACGUUCAUUACGCAACACUAAUUAUCAUUGUCAACAACAACAACAAAAUCAUUAUCGACCACCACCACUUACUCGACCUCGUUUUGCUUCAUCGGCAAUACGUUUACAAUCAGCGAUAACAACAACUACUCCUAAUAAUAAUAGUACUAAUGGCCUUCAACGAUCAUCAUCAUCAUUGUCGACUAAUAAUAGUAUAUGUGGUACAACUGAUUAUCAACCUCGUUUUGCUAGUCGUCUUUCAAGUAGUCGAUUACCUACGGCUGCACCACCUGUAGGAUCUUAUGAUCAAAUAGCGAGUAAUAAUAUUACAAUAGAUCCAAUAGUUCCACCAUCAGCAACAUCUACUAUUGGUGUUAUGAAUCAACCAUCAUCAGCUUCUGCUGGACUUGCUCGCAGUACUUCAUCAGCAAAUGCUCAACCACAACAAUUUGUUACUAUGACACAAACAACAACAACAACAUUUUGUUAUGUACCUGCUUCUGGUUCACUUGCUUAUAAUAAUUUAUCAGGUACAAAUCGAAAUGCAACAAUUUCUCAUCAUUAA